CGAGAAGAGGUCGCGAAAGAAGCACCGAGGGGACGAGGAUGCGUCAGAUGACGAGGACUCCGAGAGCGUCCGACACGCGAAGGCGGCUCAAAAGAAGUGGACGAAAGCCGCAAACCGCUGGAGGGCGAAUAUCCGACACUCGGUACGUCGACGGCGUACGAAUCGGGUGGUCUCAAACGUGUCAGGCUCUCAAUCUGGUAUGCCGAGUGAGACCUUGCGGGAAGACCCUGGGGAACACACCGUAUCGCAAGGUUACAGUCGAGCUUCCUCUCCGACGCCCUCUCGACAUUCACAUCGUAGUGCCAUCAUCGAUGCCUCGUCAUCCCUCGCGCCUCCAACACCCACGCGGCCGUCAACCCCAGGUCCACCUACAGAUGUCACAGAUAUCUCCACCCCGGCGCCGGCCGACCUUGAUUCCCCUUCCCACCCACCGGCAUAUCGACCAAACUCCCCCGGCCCGCUACAGACGUCUAUAAAUAUCUCUCGAAGCCGGGCUUCACCGUCAUACUAUGGCUCGUCUAGUGCUAUCCCAUCCUCCUCAAAAUCACCGCCACCGCCACCGCCAUCACCACCCUUACCCGAUGUGGACGAAGCAGAGAGCGGGCUCACGCCUUCUACCCGCGUCGCUCAUGUGGCAACUGAUGAUAAGGCGGUACUCGCUCGCAUGGUUGCCAUGGCCAGCGCCCCUCCCGUCGCUGUUGCAGAAAGCUCGCCGCACGUUUCACCGUCGGUCCCUACGCUAGAGGACUACGAGAAUGCCCUGCUACCCGACGAUCUUCCGCCCCUGUCACCUCCAGGCUCUCCGGAGCUGAGGCCGUCAUACAGCCCGCCCCUCUCCGGGUUACCUUUGCCUCCCGCGAAAGGCAAAUUGGCCGCACCUCACUACGAUGACUAUCCGUACAGUUUUGAACAGGACCUGGAUAUUGCCGGGGUCGAACCCGAGCCUGGUCCUUCUGCGCCCCCGUUCGAGGAGUCCCCGAGCAUACCACCUUCUGUCCCCGACAUUAGCCCGUCCGCUCCUCCGCUAGAUGACGACGGCGAGGGCACUAUCGAAACGUUAAAUGCUAGCGCACCGCCGCUAUGGGACGGUUAUCCCGAGGAUCCGUACACAGAGCAUAGUCCACCGCCUGCCUCGAUUUCAAGAUCGGAUCUUCCACACAGUGAAGUGCCAUGCGACCCGUCUGAGCCGCUGGAGUCCGACGACGGGCCGGCAACGUCCCUUGUACAUCCCCCAUAGCCCGUCCCGCCCCCCUGUUCCUGUUCCUGUUCCAUCUUACGCUCGUUCCCUCUGCUUUGGUUGUUUUCUAGUUUCAUUCUGUAGCGGUGGCGUCGGGUUGGUGCGUGGACGAUGGCGAUGGCAGCAUAGCAUGGUGUGCGUUCAUACAAUAUAUAAGUAAUUCGCAUUCGCAUACGGCAAUUCAAGGUGUACUUUAGGCCGCUACAAUACACAAUGCUCGAGGACAC